AUGCGUAUUGAAAAGUGCUACUUCUGCUCCACCAAUGUCUACCCGGGGCACGGCACCAUGUUUGUCCGAAACGACUCCAAGACGUUCAGGUUCUGCUCGUCCAAGUGUCACAAGAACUUCAAGAUGAAGCGAAACCCCAGAAAGGUCAGGUGGACCAAGGCCUUCAGGAGGUCCAACGGCAAGGAGAUGGUUGUCGACUCUACAUUCGAGUUUGAGAAGAGGAGGAAUGUGCCCGUGCGAUACGACCGAGAGCUUGUGGCUACCACCCUCAAGGCUAUGGAGCGAGUCACCGAGAUCAGGCAGAAGCGAGAGAGGGCUUUCUGGAAGAACCGAAUGUCUGGCAAUGCGGCCAAGAACCUUCGGGACAAUGCGCUCGAAAUCGAGCGACACAUCGAGCUCGUCCAGCCCCGUACCACCUCCAAGGCCAAGAAGCAAAAGGCCGGCGAGGCUCUCACGGAGAAGGAGGCGGCGAGAGAAAAGAUCAAGGUCAGGGCUGCCAACAGGAAGGCUAUGGCUUUGCAGCAGAUGGGAGAGAAGGGCGGAAGGGCCAAGAAGGAGAGUCGGUUGAUACCCGCCGAAGGCAGCGGUAUGGGCAUGUCCCUCGAUUAG